AUGGAUGAUCAAUCAGAUAUCAUUGAGUUACCAACUAUCCCAGCUGAUGCACCUGAAUGGGUUCGUACUUUGCCAUCAAGUGGUCGAUAUGUUGAUCGUACUAAGCUCUAUGAUAUAACUGGUCAUAUUUUAUUUGAUUCAUUACUUAAUUCAAAUGGUAUUCGGCAUUUCUUCUUUUUUAUGGAAAAUGAACAACAAGCCCAGCGAGCACAUAAAGCAUACAGUGGGUGUUUACCUGAUCUAGAGUCAUCUAAUCACGAUGGCUCAUCGACAAAUCAGGAUCUUUUCGAAGUUCGAGCUGCUUUUCAUCUUGGCGAAGGUAUUUGCGGACAUAAAGGCAUUGUACAUGGAGGACUUACAGCUACCAUGCUUGAUGAAGUUAGUGGUGCUGCGGCAUUUUCUUGUGCUGGACCCGCUUUUACAGCUAAUCUUAAUAUAAAUUAUCGUAAACCAUUAGUAACACCAGCAUGGGUUUUAGUUCGUGCUCAUGUUGAUCGCCAUCAAGGACGAAAAGUGUUCAUAAAAGCUACGGUCGAAAAUGGAGAAGGUACGAUUUAUGCAGAAGCUGAUGGUUUAUUCAUAAAACCCAAAUUAAGUGUACAAGAACAUGUUCAAAAACAUCAAGAAAAAUAG